AUGACAAACUUUGGAGACUGUGUGGUGUGUGGCGUUUCCACCCAUUUGUUUAAAUAUGGGAAGUACUUAUGCAAUUCAUGUGACUUGUUUUUUCGAAGAUCUAUGACACCAUGGUCAUUUUUUGGAGACUGUAAGCAUAAUUGGGAUUGCUAUAAAGAAUCUAGUAACAGACAGAGGCUUCCAAAAUGCAGGCAUUGUCGAUUCAAUAAAUGCGUCGACGUCGGAUUGUUAACUGUUUCUCGGUAUACAAAACUCGCAGAUCUUGUCGAAUAUUUGUCAUUAUUGGAUGCUAACCGAGAGAAAACGUUUCUCAAACUCUCAAUUUCAACGGAUUUUGACACAAACACAUUUCUUGAUGAGAAUCCUAUUCGUUUUAUAAAAAAAACAUCGGACUUGAACUUUGACUGCGACGAAUGGCAAAUAAUGAACAAACUAUCGACUAUUGAAAUGCUUAAAAAUUUGGAUUUCCCGAAAUAUUUAUCAUCUCAAGAUUUGAGAUACUUUCUUAAAAAGGGUUAUUUUCUCAAAGGAAUUCUGACUAUGGCAAUGCGUUCGUAUUUGAACCAGGAAGAAUUUAUGUCUUUUCCAAACGGAGUAGAUUUAUUUCCGGACCAUGCCCGAGAAGGUCUGCAUAUCAAUAUUAGUUUUUUGAACCUAAUUCGGUGCCAGUUGGUUGGCAAAUUUAUUGAAUUGAAGAUAACACGAGAAGAAAUUAGCAUGCUCGGUGCUAUUGCUGUUUCAAACCCAGCUGUUCCCGAUCUAUCAUCUAAUGGGCAAAAACUUUUGAGCUGUUACCAACAACUGUACACAUCUUCACUUCUUCAAUACUGUUUAGCAAAAUAUCAGCAAAAUGGGCCAGCAAGAUUUUGUAACAUAAUGUCUGUUCUCAACGUUGCCAAUCAGACUUACGACAACAUAAUCAAAUAUGUUUGCUUGUGUCAAUACUAUCAUUCAGAUAUGCAACCUAGUAAAUUGUACCAAUCUGUUUUAAACCAGUUGAACUGA